AUGCGGAGAGGACCUGGUGGAGUUGGUGCAAUAAAUAGGCAGCGUCUUGCUAAAGUAAGCACAGAUUGUUUAAUAAUUUUACACGCAUGUUUUUCAUGUAAGCGCCUUGAGUAAUAUCUCUAUCUCCCCACGGCUCUCUCCAGUGUCUGUUUUGUAGCUUUUACGGAAUCCUUCAGUUAUAUAUUGUCUACCUGAGCAACUGUAACUGCAUUUGGACCGUAGCCAAACUGGGCCAUCCUAUUUUUAAGUAAUAUUAUCAUAUUUAAGCUUACACACUAGUGCUGUACUUCCUCAAAGAAAAUUGUUCCCGGAGCUUGGAAAAGAGGGUUGGGAGAUGGAUGUAAAAUGACUGGGUGGCCUAAAUUCUCAGAGAGGGGGACAUUUGGGGGUACCCAAUACUGCAAUACUGUAAGAAAAAUUGGAAAAUUUCCAAAUACCGUGUCGAAACUCGACAAAAUACCGAUACUGCAUUUAUAAUCAGUCAUGCUUGCAUCUAUCCAGUGUAAUGACCUUGCCAACACCUUCAGUAACCUCAGCUAUUGCGAGAAAACAUGCAAAGAUCACAAAGCUUUGUCAUUAGAUGCAACAACAAUCACAUAAUUUGUAGACUAACUGCCAGGAAAAAAAAGCACUUUAUUGCAGUGUCAAUGUAUUUAGCAGGAGGCAGGACUGCCAUUUAAUGUGGCCAUUCGAGCCACCAAAGAUCUAGCCAUUUACGGGGCAAAGGAAGAACCUUCAUUUCUCAGUUAUUUAAAGACCCUGAGUACUGGUUUGGCCCCAGGAAUUGAACCCCAACCUCCCGUUCUGUAGUCAAGCACUCUACUGACUGANCAGGACUGCCAUUUAAUGUGGCCAUUCGAGCCACCAAAGAUCUAGCCAUUUACGGGGCAAAGGAAGAACCUUCAUUUCUCAGUUAUUUAAAGACCCUGAGUACUGGUUUGGCCCCAGGAAUUGAACCCCAACCUCCCGUUCUGUAGUCAAGCACUCUACUGACUGAGAUAAUCCUGCUGAAACUGUGUAAUCAUUUAAACCAUGCCUACUGUGUUUUGUGUUGUAAUUGUAUUGACCUUUAUUAGACAGGAGAGCGCAAAUGAAUGGUACGGCAAUACCGUGAAGGAUCUUCUUUAAUCAAAAUACUGUCAUCCAAAGUGAUGAAAACCGCACCCCACAGGGCUGAAUAAUUCUGCAAUACCACACGUUAAAAUUUUAAUAACAACAGAAAUAUGGCUUAAAAAAAUAUAUCAGUACCACAAUACUGUAAACUCCAAUGUCCUCCUCCACAGAGAGUCCAGCCCAUCACUAAAGAGCAAUUUUUGCCUAAUGUAAAAAUAUAUUCCUUUUUAGUACUUCUUUAUAUUUUCUAUCUUCCCCCUCAGGAAAAGUAUGCCACAAAGGGAACAGAGAUUGCGGACAUCCAGCUGUCACAGGUAAUUUCAGGGUACUCAUAAGGCCAUAGACUCCAUGUAAAAGUUACUUAACCAUUGUUAAAUUGCUUGAUAUAUUGCGUGAAUGUAUUUUUAAGGCACAAAAUGUAAGCCUGUUUGACUCAACUAGAUACACCGUGCUGUAAAGUAUCUUGCAGCUUUGAUGUAUUAUUGCAUGCUAACCUGCAAGCAGGCUCACUUGACUUGCGAAUUCAAGGAAAAUUUUGAUGGUAGGGCCGUCAUCCAGCGAGGAAAAGUGAGCCUACACGUAGGUUGUUGAUAUUUAAGUUUCUUCCCUUUCGAGGUGUCAAGAUACUAUACAACAGGAGCAAAGCAAAUGUAAAUAAGAAUUAGGGGAAGCUGCAAGAGGAAAUGUGAUGCAAAAGUGCAUCAGAGGUCAAAUCCUGUCAGAAAACCACAGAAAUAGAGAUCUAUGAAAAGACCACUUUCAUGUUGACAAGCAGCAAAAAUAACAUUUGCUGAGUUAAAAUUAAGAAUCCUUCCAUAGUAUUAUCUACCUGUAAGAAACAGCCUACUUUUUGACAUGAGUUUGCUUGAAGAAAGACCACCUUCAUGACCUCACACUGUGAGACAAGUGACGAAAAGAGGCUACUGAAUAGUUGCUUGAUCCAAAUUAUUAAAGAAAUAUCCUCCAUAGCAUAAUAAGGUACCCCUUAGAAAGAAAACUAUAAAUUUUCAUAUGGGGCAAAAGUUAAGGGCAGGCCAACUGACACUUUGUAUGUCCAUUCACUUUGUGGAUGUUUAUAACCAGUGUCCUUGGUUUUUUGUCAUAAUUAUGUAGCCUUUCAAAGCAUGUCACUUUUAACUUAUAAAUUGUUAUUAUUAGAUUGCUACAUUCAUCAACAAACACAGAGCAUUAAAAAGUCAAUAGCCCACAUGCAGGCUCACUUUUCGUCACUGGGUGGUGGCUCCGCCACCCAAAUUUUCCCAAAAUUCGCACAAGUGAGCCUGCUUGAAAGCUAACUGCAUGCAUGCUCCUCCUCUGGUUCUGUUAACUUUUCAGAUGGGUAAACAGCUGGAGUCCUUCAAGACAUCUCUGGAAGAUUUUGCUGGGAAAUACAAACAGGACAUAAGGAAGAAUCCAGAGUUCAGAGGGCACUUUCAGCAAAUGUGUGCUCGCAUUGGUGUUGAUCCUCUUGCAUGUAAGUCACGUUUUUGUAGGCUGUAGUUUACACCAUACUAGUUUGGUGCAAGCCCAGAAAUAGAUCCAGUAUGGUAUGAAUAGCCACGACCAUCUUAGCUUUGGGGACCUUUUGUUCCACAUAGAUCCAAAUUCACCUACUUCCACCUACCAGUCAUUCAAGCCUUUGUUUCAAAGCGAAGAACACAGCCAUUGAUGUGAAAAUGAUUCUUAAUUCUCAUGCAAAUGAAUCUUGUAUUGAAAGUGAGAGUUUUUAGAUCUCAGAACUCUUCUGCUCAUGAUUUAUACUUACAUGUACCGGUACUAACAACACCAAAAAUUCCUGUUCUUCAAUCAGUGAAGCUUUAUUUCUGAUACAAAGUUUUAUUAAUAUAUUAUAGCAAGCAAAGGUUUUUGGGCAGAGCUGCUUGGUGUGGGAGAUUUUUACUAUGAGGUAAGUUUAGCAGAAGUAGGUCACAACAGUUUUACAAUAACAAGCUGUUUGUUGAUCACUAAGAGACAUGAUAAGAUUUUGAUUUUACUAACAGAAAUAAAAAAGAACAGACUUUAUGUUCUUCACUUAAUUUCAGUUUCAUGAUUCAUUUUUCUAUCUUCUAUCUUUUAUAAAAAGAAUAAUGUCAUAACUUAGCAAAAUUAAACCCAAGGAGUUAGUUUUUAAAAAUGCUUUAAGGAAAGCUGUGGGGAGCAGAUCAGAUGAGAGAGAUACAUGUAAUGUUGCUUGUGGAUUAUUACCGGUAUUUACAAAUGUAUUUUAUUACAUUGCAUUGGGCUGUCAGUAUUUGUCACUGCUAGUAAUAACUAUAAUUAUGUCAAUGUUAUAACCUAAAUUAAAGCUGCAUUGAAUAAUUCAAAAUCAACAUUUUCCAUGUUUUCUGUAUUUUUCAUAGUUGGGCGUUCAGAUUGUUGAAAUCUGCAUGGCAACAAGACCAAGAAAUGGAGGUUUGUUUUGAAACUAAUGAACAAUUUAUUCACAAAAAAACCUUAAAUUUGUUACUUACUCUGUAAGAAAGUGCUUUCAUAGCUAAAACAAAUAAGCACCUAAUGACUGGGCCCAAUAGAGAUAAAUAGGAAAAGAGUGUUUCGUUUUCUUUUAACCCCCAAUGCCCCCUUGGCAAGGAUGUUGAGAAAACAAAAUGCACAGAUUCCCUUGGGCCAGUCAUUUACCUUUCAGCCAAGUCAUUUACUUGAUGUGACUCAGGCAUAUAGACUUCCCACAGUUUCAAGGUACAUGACCUGAUCCUGGCAAGUGAGUUUUGUUCACUCUAGGGAGUUUUGAAAACUCGCUCCAUAGCAUGUGAUCCGGUUGGAAAACAUACUGGAGUUGAGGGUUAUUGAGUAGGUUGAGGGGCUUUGGGGCCCAUAUAAGAAACCACACAAAAUGGUCCUCUUUUAUUCUUUGCAUAAAAGUGGAAACUGCACGGAAUACCAAAUCCAGAUGGCCACCUUUAGGUUUGUCGAAAAAGGGAAAUGAACUGCAAAAAUAAUGGGAAAAAGCAAACUAUGAAAGAUUAUGGAAGCUGAAAAACUGACCUCAAAAAUGACCAUAUCUGCAAAACUGAAAAUCCCAACGCUCUCCUCAGGUGUAACUCUGAAAAUAUUUAAGAACAUCAGACAGAAUAUAUAUACAGGGGCCUCUAGUCUUUCACUUCAAUUAUUCUCCUGAUAAAAUUUUAUAUGUGAAGCAAUUAGACAAGCUCAUCUUCAAGUCAAUUUGUGGAGAGUUCCAUAUAGACCUCUAUCGUUGAGCAUCAUAAUUUUUUUUUUCUGUACAGGUUUGAUGGCUUUGGGUGAUUUGCACAAAAAAAUUCUCAAGACAAGCAAGUCAAGACAAGAUGUGACUGAGUAGGUUACUAAUGCGGGAAAUGCAUGUCAGUAUUAAUGAAUGCUGCCAGCUGCAAAGGCAAAGGUCCUAUUCAUGUCAACAUGAUAUUACGCCUAUUCAAAAGCUCAUUAAUAAUUCAUAAAGAAAAAGCAAUGAGUGUCUUUAAUGAGUGUCUUCAUAUCUGAUAAAGACACAGCUAAACUUAACAAUGUAUGUCCAAUGGGCCACUUCCGAGUUUUCGAAAACCCUCACUUUCAAAAUGAGGCCAAGUGCACAACCUUUCUUGUGAAAAUGAGUUUUAUUUGUCAGAGAAUGAAAAAUUAUUUCCAUAUCAAUGGCCGAGCACUUAACCUCGUUUUGAUACAGAGGUCCUGAGGAACUCAGAAAUGGCCUAUUUUCCAGACAAAAGUAACCCUAAAUCUAAAUAUUAGUGUAAAUCUAAAUACUAGUGCAAGAGUGAGUUGAUCAUUAUAAGUGCAAGAGUGAAUUCCCAAGGCAGUAGAGUUGGAAAGAAUACCCGCACACAAGAAGUGCAAAUGCAAAGAAUUUUGCCUUCAAAUGAGGCUUGGUGGUGAAAUUUACUCAUCUGACGUAAUCACAUAUUAAGGGCCAUUUAUUGUCUUUGGAUAAUGUUAUAGGGAUGACUUGGCUCGAGCAAUAAAAAAGCUUCAUAUCUUGGGCAGUGGUUUCCAGAUCAUUCCAGUUGGGAACAAGCGUCUGGUUCAGUCAGUACCAGGAGAACUUAGCAUGGAUCAUGCUGCUGUUCUUCAGCAGGCCCAGGUACUUGUUGUUGUUGUUGUUGUUGUUGCUGUUGUAAUUGUUCCAAAAAAGGCAAUAAGGUUACGAAGCAAGACAACAACUUUGUAUGUGCUGCACCCUUUUUAAAUGUACAUUUCUUUGUGGUUAGUGCCUGGCUAAGAGAGGAAAAUGGGAAACUUCAAGGUUUAUGGAGGACUUAACAAGCCAUGUUGAAAUAUUGUCUGUUUUUUUUUUGUCUGUUUGUUUGUUUUUUUUAACUUGGAUGUGGAAUUCAACUCCAAGAAAGUUUGCCCGCACCAUUAAGUGAGUUGGAAUAAUCACUAUGAAAAUUGAAAGAACGUGAAUUCACUUUUUAAGCAAUGUUUUCACUGCCGUCGCCUUUCUAGUAUCUUGAGGUCCAAACUGUUGGAAAAGGUUAUGGAUGUGUGCUCUGUGUUGCAUAAGUAGAAACUGAAUAAUCAAGAUCUUGACCUUGAUUUCUCAGAAUAUCUCAAAAACCUCAUUCAAUAGAUAUUAUUGGUUCAGAUAACAUGUACAGGGUUGUAUUUAAAUGAGGUGACGACUAUUCAGUUCCUAUGCACUCAAUACAGUUUCCAUCUUUUUCUCACAGGGGAAUGGGUAUACAUCAAUUUCUGUCAUCGCAAAAGAUUUAGGAUGGGAACGGGAUCGUGCGAUACGAACCUUGGUAAGUUGUUAUGUAUCCUAAUAAGAAAUCGCUGUCAGUACAUCUCUGUCAAUUGAACUACAGAUACGAGAUUGAGUACAAGUACAAAUUUUCAAACUAAAUUCAAGAACCUCAUAUAAUUUCUUUUUUAAAACACCAACCUUAUCCCUAGCUUUUAUUAACGAUAUGUACCAUACUAGUCACUAACAGGAAAAAAUUUAUAGCCCGUACAUGUACUCGUAAUAAGCCAAGGUUGUACUCAUAGUCAAAUCAAAGGUUGCUAUUAACAAUAAAAUUGGAAUCCGAAUUGCACUGUAAUACACUCAAAGAUAAAUAAAGCAGAGAAACGAAAAAAAAACAAGUGGCUACCAAAAUUGAGAUUCGCGAUUCAAUUUGAUGCUUUAUUUAUUAUAGGAUCACAUGGUUCAUGAGGAAAUGGCUUGGGUAGACGAUCAAGCACCCAAUGAAAGAUUGUACUGGUUCCCAGGCCUCUUCCCAGAAACCUAGAAGGGCCUGGAACGGAUUAGACGUCUUCUCUACGGACAAACAAGGUUGUAAAUGGAAAUCAAGCCACGCAAGAAGAAAGAAUAAAUCAAGUGGGUGAGAAAUUUCAAUUAAGUUUUUUAAAGAACGAAGACUUAUCUGAAAGUUUUCACCAAUUUUUUGCUUGUCGCAUAGCAAGGAUGUUUGAAAAGAGAGAAAAUUGUCACUAUAACAAUGAAAGAAACAAAAGUGUUACUGUGAGAGAGGAGGCAAUUCUUCUGUAGCAAGAGGGAUUGUAGUAUCCAAUAGGAUCUAGGUACCAAGCAGCUGGUUGAAACAGACCAGGGGCAGCCAAGCUUUUUUAAAAUAAUUGACGCCCCAGUUCUACCAUUUGUUACUUUAAAAUGACUACGCGAUUUCCCGUCAAGAAAAACGCGGGUUGCCCAAAAGCAUCGUGCGUUUUCCCGCCAAGAAAAUAUAACAUACUCCUACCCCGACGGGCUGACACCUGAUUCCUUUCCUCCCCCGAAAGAGUGUACGCUGACGUCACAACCAAAAUUUCUCUGAUGGAUAGUUUACCAAAUUUACUUAGCUAUGGACAAAAACUUGAGACUGACUAGAAAUGGUACACUCGGUACACGUAUACACUGUGGCAAUGAGGAACCUGGCGUUAAGAUCGUAAAACAGUGAAAAGUAUUUGAUUGAAAGAGGAGUGUUCUAAAACAUCAAUAACGAUUGUGCCAUUGUUUUCAAAGUAAAUGCCUUUUAUUUUCCUUCUAAAUAUCUCACUAUGUUUAUUUCCACAUGGUGCAUGCAUUGUAAUCAAAGCUUGCUUAAAUAUGUAAAACGUUCUUUGUAUAAGUAAAAUAAGUAACAGUUUUGUAAGCGAGUAGUUUCUCAUUACCAAUGAAAACCACUAAAGUUAGCCCGAUAAGAAAGUCUUCCGCUGCUUUCUUUCGUUUUAUUGUGGCUUCUCUAGUACAGAGUUUUCAUUUUUAUUAGUGCUUUGUAC